CAUUCAUAAACUACACCAGUCCAGCUCACAGCUGAGUGUGGACGACAAAGUGAGCGGAGACGCAGUGGAGAGAAUAUAAGAUGCUGGUCAGCGGGCGACGGUAGCCUUCAGCGUGCGCGGCCCAGGACACGGAUGCUCGACCCAGAAGCCCAAACGCGAAUCUGCUGGAAGUGCUGUUGAGGUUCGGACUGUAUCUCGCGGGGGCGAAUACCGUCGCAUCCCUAUCCGUUUCCUCCUCCUCACGCUGACGUCCAUCCGCUGCACACACACACACACAAAAAAAGCCAAACAACUUUUUUCUUCUUCUUUUUUUUUUUUUUUUUGAUUACACACUGUUCCUGCGCGGGGAAGCGUUUGCCUCGGGCUUUACCGGUCAGCGUUGGAUCCGUCAACUUACUGCGACUCCCCGGUGUACGGCCCGGACCUCUGCCCAAACAUGAUCGCGACGCAGGCGAAGCUGGUCUACCAGCUCAACAAAUACCACAACGAGCGAUGCCAAGCUCGCAAAGCGGCCAUCGCGAAGACCAUACGGGAGGUUUGCAAAGUGGUGUCGGACGUUCUGAAGGAGGUGGAGGUGCAGGAGCCGCGCUUCAUCAGCUCCCUCAGCGAGAUCGACGCGCGCUACGAGGGGAUGGAGGUCAUCUCCCCCAAUGAGUUCGAGGUGGUGCUUUACCUCAACCAGAUGGGGGUGUUCAACUUCGUGGACGACGGCUCCCUGCCCGGCUGCGCGGUGCUGAAGCUGAGCGACGGCCGCAAAAGGAGCAUGUCGCUGUGGGUCGAGUUCAUCACCGCCUCGGGCUACCUGUCGGCCAGAAAGAUCCGCUCCAGGUUCCAGACGCUGGUGGCGCAGGCCGUGGAUAAGUGCAGCUACCGCGACGUGGUGAAGAUGGUGGCGGACACCAGCGAGGUCAGGCUACGGAUCAGGGAGAGGUACGUGGUGCAGAUCACGCCCGCGUUCAAGUGCACCGGGAUUUGGCCCAGGAGCGCGGCCCAGUGGCCCAUGCCCCACAUCCCCUGGCCGGGUCCCAACCGCGUGGCGGAAGUCAAGGCCGAGGGCUUCAACCUGCUCUCCAAAGAGUGCUACUCGUUGACGGGGAAGCAGAGCUCCGCGGAGAGCGACGCCUGGGUGCUGCAGUUCAGCGAGGCCGAGAACCGGCUGCUGAUGGCCGGCUGCAGGAAGAAGUGCCUGUCCGUCCUGAAGACUCUGCGCGACCGUCACCUGGAGCUCCCGGGACAGCCGCUGCACAACUACCACAUGAAGACCCUGCUGCUGUACGAGUGCGAGAAGCACCCGAGGGAGACCGACUGGGACGAGUCUUGCCUCGGAGACCGACUGAACGGCAUCCUGCUGCAGCUCAUUUCCUGUCUGCAGUGCCGCAGAUGUCCCCACUACUUCUUGCCAAACUUGGACUUGUUUCAGGGGAAGCCGCACUCGGCCCUGGAGGCUGCUGCGAAGCAGACGUGGAGACUAGCGAGGGAAAUCCUCACCAACGCGAAGAGUUUGGACAAACUAUAAAGCGGUUGUCGAGAAAGAGCCGAAGAGACAUUUUGGGGGGGUGAUAAAACGUCAGAGAAGGACAAAUACGAUUCUGCAGCUGAUUCUCCAAGCAAUGUGAAAAGAAAGAAAUAAUAAUGCAGCGAGGAAAACGCAAAACCCUUUUUAAAUGGAGCAAUCGGGCCACUGGCAGAGAUAAAGUGAAGGUACAUUUUCAGAUAAAUGUAAUGACUUUUAGUUGUCCUCUUUAAAUGUUUUCACAAAGUGAAGACACUUAUUUAAAUAUAUGCACAAAAUCGUUAAGUGAAAAAAUGUAGCGUGCCAAGUUCAAUUUUUUUCAUUAUGUGACCUUAAAAGAAAUGUUAAUAAAAUGUUGCAAAUUAAAUUACAA